AUGGUGUGGAAUGAAUCUGGCUGGAACCUAAUCCAGCCACAAUUUCAAGCUCUAUUAAUGCAAUGUUCGAAUGUUGUCAACAGUUUUCAAAAAAAAUUAGUAAACAUUAAUCAGACGAGUUUGGUAUCAACGCAAGCUAUGAAUUUAGAAACAUUUGAAAAAUCAGUGAAUACGUCAAUGAGUGGAAUGGUGGCAUACAAUUUAGCGAUACUGGAUCGUGUUUCCCAGUCGAUAUUUGAUAUGGUUCAAGCAAAUCAAUUUCAAAAUCAAUAUAUGACAAGUUGGAAAACACAAUUUACAGGUGUUGAUGAAAACUAUAUUCUUCGAUCAAGCCCGGUUUCAUUAAAUGGUGGCGACUGUUUUUGUGCAAGUGGCAAAUCGAAUUGUACAAAAACACCUAUCUUCUAUGAUUCCAAUGGUACUGCAAUUAUAUUUCCAGGUAAGUUCUUUUAUGAAGCUAUCUUGCAAGAUUUUAUCAAUAAAAAUGGAGCUUUUCAACUGUCUAAGAACAUCUCAAAGUUACAGUUAUUCAAAAAACUAUCAGAAUAGUUUCAUAUUUUUCAUAUAUUUAGGCCUUGUCGUUGGAUGUUCAAUUCCUGAUGGUCUUUCUCAUUCGACAUUGGAGUGCUUCUUUGAUGAAUUAUCCGUGAAUCAGCUGAAUCAAGCUUUGGGUAGUAGUUUUUCUAAAUUCAAUGCUAGUGCCACUCGAUUUGCACCAAUGACUCACAUUGGGUCGAUUCUUAACGAGCACUUGGUGGAAUUCGUCACUUAUUCAGGUAACUAUACUAAUUAUUACCAAUUAUGUGCCCCAUCGAUGUGUCAAUAUUAUUAUACGGUGCAAAAUAAUAUCGCCUUCAUAUGCACGACAUUGCUUGGAUUGUAUGGUGGAUUAACUACGGCCCUACAGAUCUCUGUCUGGUACAUGUUACUUCUUUAUAAAAUGACUGUGAGACGACUCCAAUGUUGAAUGAGAAAGCCCAAC